AUGGGGGGCCGACAGCACACUUCGGGCGUAGUAUUCGCCAUCUUUUUCUUUAUCGGCAUUGGAUCAUCACUGCCAUGGAACGUAUUCAUCACUGCACAGGCUUAUUUUCAGCACCGUCUGUCAGGUACCACAUACGAAGAUUCGUUCCUUAACUGGUUUAGUAUGGCCUUUAAUGUGAGCACUCUCAUGACGAUGCUCAUUCGUACGACGGUCAUCGCGGAUCGCAUGGCAAGUGCCGUGCGUACUGUCUUGUUCUCACUUGUCGUUAUCAUGGGCGUCAUCUCGAUGCACUGCGCCUGGACGCGUAUGCCCGAAUUCCACGGUUAUUCGUUCUUUUAUACGACCAUCGUGAGCAUAAUCCUGGUUGCAUGCGCUUCGACAUUGAUGCAAGAAGGGCUGCUACGUAUUGUCGCGACGUUCCCGCCGCGGUAUACACAAGCGGUGGUUAGCGGACAAAGUUUUGCUGGAUUAGCCGUAUCUCUGUCAAACAUGAUCAUUUUGUGGGCAGGAGAAGAUGAUUCCAAAUUUUUCUAUGGACUGCAUGCUAAUGCAGACUUGUGUGCACUCCUGUACUUCGUGCUGGUGUUCAUCACGCUCGUCUUGUGUCUGCUGUCUUUUGCGGUCCUCACUAGGAUGCAGUUGUUCCGCCACUAUCAGAGAGUCGAUCAUCCUGGACACAAUCCGAAACUUUAUUUUGAUGAUGCGUCAAGUGAAGCAGACACGGUUGAUGCAUCCGAUGCUUCCCCACGGAAACGCCUGCUGGACGGAGAAGAUGACCUUGAAGACACUGGCGACAAAGUGGAUAUGCUGGAGAUUGCCUUCAAGAUACGGUUCUACGUGAUAGCGACGUUCUUCAUAUUUAUCGUGACGCUAGGUAUUUUUCCUGGAAUUACUUCUAUGAUCAAGUCAAUGCACCCAGAAAGAGGUGUCUUAUUCGACCAGCUGUUCACCCCGUUCACGCUCGUCCUCUUUAAUGCGUCGGACUUCGUCGCGCGGCUAUCCGCAUCGUGGUGGCCGACACUCGGACAGAAGAGGGUGCUACUCGUCAGUAUUGGACGACUGCUCUUCUUCCCAUUGUUGAUGCUUUGUAAUUUGCAAAACAAAUCGCACGAAGUGAUCACGAAAGUCGUCUUUCGAAGUGACGUGCUGGCCAUACUCUUCAUUGCUGGCUGCGCCUUCUCCAAUGGACUGCUAUGUGCACUGGCAUUUAUGGAGUAUCCCAAUUUACUUCACAAGAACGCUGAAAAAGAACUGGGAGGCAGUAUCAUCUUUUUCGUGCUGUCUCUUGGUCUCACUGGUGGUUCCCUCAUGUCUUUCGUGCUCCGCGCCAUGUUGAAGCCAUGA